UUUACCAAAAACCAACAAAAAGGGAAAAAAGAAAAGAAAAUACAGUUCGUAUAGCGAGUAGCUGUCUGUCACUUUCGUGGACGACAGUCAUUUAACAGAGGUGUAAACGACUUCAAAAAGUCUGCUUAACUCUUAAAACAAUCUUGCCAUGUGAGAGAAGCCACCACUCAGGCACUCACCAGCACCGCGUUCUUUAGUCUUUCUCUGUUUCAUCACUGCGGUUGUAGAUCUUGAACACCAACUGAUCUAGAAAUCGCCACAAUCAUUACAACAAGAAAUGGAUUUUGGAUUCGGAUCUGUAUCUAAGUACACCACUAUUGCCAUUGUACUAGUGAUCUUGCUUUCUUGGAGCAACUUUACUUCCACAGAAGCAUAUGAUCCACUUGACCCAAAUGGAAAUAUCACAAUUAAAUGGGAUAUCAUGAAUUGGACUCCUGAUGGCUAUGUUGCUGUUGUUACAAUGUACAACUUCCAGCAAUAUAGACACAUUCAAGCACCAGGCUGGUCACUGGGAUGGACAUGGGCAAAGAAAGAGGUUAUUUGGGCCAUGAUUGGAGGUCAAACUACAGAGCAAGGUGAUUGUUCAAGAUUCAAGGGGAAUAUUCCACAUUGCUGUAAGAAGGACCCGACGGUUGUGGACUUAUUGCCGGGAACUCCUUACAACCUGCAGAUUGCAAAUUGCUGCAAGGGAGGAGUAAUUAACUCAUGGGUGCAGGAUCCGGCAACUGCAGCAAGCUCAUUCCAGGUCAGUGUUGGUCAAGCAGGAACCACCAACAAAACUGUAAGGGUGCCUAAGAACUUCACCCUGAAAGCUCCAGGGCCUGGCUAUACUUGUGGACCUGCAAAAGUUGGUAAAUCUACUAAAUUUUAUGCCCAAGACGGAAGGAGGGUAACCCAAGCGAUGAUGACAUGGAAUGUUACUUGCACAUAUUCACAAUUCCUAGCUCAGAAAACUCCCACUUGCUGUGUGUCUCUCUCAUCUUUCUAUAAUGACACGAUUGUUCCCUGCCCAACAUGUACCUGUGGUUGCCAGAACAACAGUACUCAGCCAGGGAGCUGUGUAGACCCAAAAUCACCAUAUCUAGCAUCGGUUGUUUCAAGCCCCAGCAAGAAUAACUAUGCACCUCUGGUCCAAUGCACAAGUCACAUGUGCCCAAUCCGAAUUCACUGGCAUGUGAAACUAAAUUACAAGGAAUAUUGGCGGGUGAAGGUCACAAUAACAAACUUCAAUUACAGGAUGAACUACACGCAGUGGAACUUAGUUAUCCAACACCCCAACUUUGACAAUCUGACGCAAUUAUUCAGCUUUAUGUACAAACCAUUAACUCCUUAUGCUGCUAUAAAUGAUACUGCUAUGCUAUGGGGUGUUAAGUUCUACAAUGACUUGCUCAUGCAAGCUGGUCCUUUGGGGAAUGUUCAGUCAGAGCUACUUUUCCAGAAGGAUACAUCGACUUUCACUUUUGAGAAGGGUUGGGCUUUUCCUCGAAGGAUCUAUUUCAAUGGUGAUAAUUGUGUCAUGCCCCCUCCUGAUGCCUAUCCAUUCUUGCCAAAUACUAGUUCUCGGCAAAAGAUCUCCUUGCUAAGGCUAAUGAUGGCUCUGUUGUUGUCUCUGGCAUUCUUUGUUGCAUGCGUUUAAAAUCUCUGUGGUAUAGGUGCAAAUUAUCUCCCAACACCUUCGGGAACCCAGUUGAAGAUUUCAUUUGUUGGGUGCAUAUCAUUUAAAGCACACAUCAGUUUCAGCUUUAUGCAACGGUGAGUGAAUUCCCUGCCAUUUGUUACUUGUACUGUCGUAUCACUUGUUCACUAUUGUACUAAAUUAUAUUGUUUGUAGAUUUUUCAAGUCCAUAGUGUACCUGAAUUGUAAUGAAAAUAAAAAACCAAUCCAGAGAUGACUUAUAGCUGAUUUACAAUUUGGAUUAUUUAUUUGUGUUCUACAGUCUAAUUGCAUUUUCUAUUAGAGC